UGCUUUGUAAAAAGAUCAUACAUCCAUGAAGUGUUUCAGGUGCAGUUAGCGGUUAUAACCACCACACAUUUUUCCCGCUACAUAUUUUCCGACACAACACUCAUGGCGUGCUGCUGCACCUCUCCCUCCGCCACCGCCACCGCCGGCCGCUACUUCUCUAUUCACAACUCUCGCAGUUCUCAAUUUCGCAUCAACACUUUCCCAUUCCUUCCUUCUCCAUCUUCUACCGCUGCAUGUUCCAUUCGAUUUAGGGUUCCGCGCACCACUUCACUUAGACACAAACCAUUCACCGUCUCCUGCACUCCCACCGGCACCGAACAACAACAGCUCGACUUCCAAGAUCCCCCUCCUUCUUCCGCCCUAGAUUGCGUCGGCACCGGCCAAGACGUCGAGUGCAUUGCACCCUUCGCCAAUGAAGAACAGGGACAAAACGGCACCGUAUCGUUGUCUUCGGAGAACAAUAAGGAACAAGGUGAAUCAUUGAAGUGCCUUGCGGAAGGGCUUUGGGAAUUGACAGUGCUGAUAUCACCGUUCUUCUUCUGGGGAACUGCAAUGGUGGCUAUGAAGGAGGUGAUUCCAAAGACAGGCCCGUUCUUUGUGUCGGCGUUCCGGCUAAUACCUGCCGGGUUCCUCCUCGUCGGGUUCGCUGCUUCAAGGGGAAGACCAUUCCCUUCGGGACUCAAUGCCUGGCUCUCAAUCUCUCUCUUUGCAUUAGUUGAUGCAGCUUGCUUUCAGGGUUUUCUUGCAGAAGGGUUGCAGAGGACUUCGGCUGGUUUGGGCAGCGUUAUAAUUGAUUCACAACCUUUGACAGUAGCUGUGCUUGCAGCUUUAUUAUUUGGUGAAUCCAUUGGGAUUGUUGGUGCUGCUGGUCUAGUCCUUGGUGUAGUUGGACUUGUAUUACUCGAGUUACCGGUGCUGUCAUUUGAUGAAAGCAAUUUCUCACUAUGGGGAAGUGGGGAGUGGUGGAUGCUUCUUGCAGCCCAGAGUAUGGCAGUUGGCACAGUUAUGGUUCGAUGGGUCUCCAAGUACUCUGAUCCUGUCAUGGCAACUGGAUGGCAUAUGGUUAUUGGUGGCCUCCCUCUAGUGGCAUUCUCCAUUCUUAACAAUGAUCCUGCUCUCAGUCAGAGUCUUCAAGAGUACAGUUCAACUGAUAUAUUGGCACUACUCUACACAUCCAUUUUUGGAAGUGCUGUGAGCUAUGGUGUGUUCUUUUAUAGUGCAACUAAAGGUAGCUUGACCAAGCUCAGUUCACUUACGUUUUUGACCCCAAUGUUUGCUUCAAUUUUUGGGUUUCUGUAUCUCGGGGAGACCUUCACGCCUGUACAGCUAGUCGGGGCCAUCGUUACUAUAGCUGCGAUAUACAUGGUUAACUUCAGAAACACUUCAGAAUAAAUUAAAGUAAUCAGUUUCAUACUGUUCCUUUCAAGUUGCUAAUACAAUGGACAAAAACUACUCGUGAGGCUAGAUUUGUGUCAUCAACUCAAAAGGAGGAGUGGUACUAGCAGCUGGUUUGAAUUUUGGAUAUAACACGAAUAUGAUUGGUACAUUCUCCAGCACAUGAUCAUCAUGCUUUCUUCUCCUGUAAAUACAAUUUUGGUUAGUUCUCGGUACAGGUCAAACUGCUUGAGCCUCUUGAUGUAGCUAAGCCUAAAACAUGGUAGCUACCUGCGUUGAAUUCAGGCCUUAUACUGGAAUAAAUUGUUUCUUUUUCCAUGAAUAUUUGUUUUCUUGUACAAGAUGGCUUUGUAUGUUACAUUAUGGCUGAAGAAGAAUGUGUAGAACGUAGAUUUUGGCUUGCUUGUGAGUUGUGACAAGUUUGUGUUUUGUUAAUCACAUGAAAGGAUAAUAUUGGUAGUGGGUUAUGGACACUAGUAUUUAUCAACCAUUUAGGAACAGGGAAGUGCUAAAGUUGUGAUGUUCCAAAUAUGAUGUCUUCUGUUGAAUCCUUUGGGGAAACAAUAAAAAAAAACCUGACAAACAAACACGUUGACUAAAAGGUGGAUAUUCUGUUAGCCAAUUGUAGAUAGUUUUAGUUAGUAGUCACUAAAAGGUGGAUAUUAUGUUAUUCUAAUUUGUCCAACUCAACAGCUUUACUAGCUCCUCUGCUCUAAUGAGUGUGUAUAUAUAUACCUACUUCAAUGUAUGAAAAAUGAUAUGAAGUGAUCAAUUCUGUUUAGAGGUGAACGCAGAUUGUAUAUAUAU